AUGGACCUCAGCGAUCGCCGCCCGCUUGGUAACACGCCCACUACUGCUACCAUCUCCCGCAGACACAACAAUCGCCUCGGUGCCGCUGUGAAUGCUGGUCAAGCGGGUGCUAUUAGAAGGGACGCGUACACUGUGCUUCUGUUCAAUGAGGCGGUGUCAGAAUGCUUGGUACACGACUUUGCAAGUAGCCCUGAUCAGCUGCUGGCUGCAGUUCUCCGGCAUUCGGCAGAUGGGGGUACUAAUUUUACUAGCGCUAUUCAACGUGCUCAAGCUCAAAUGGAACAGCAUUGGAGCAACGAGAGGACUCCCGUUGUGAUAUUCCUGUCUGAUGGUGAAAGUAGCAUAUCAGACGAAGUGAUGCAGAACUUGUGUCUUAGGUCUAUAGCGCUUGGAAAACCGCUUUCUUUCCACUCUGUGUCCUUUGGGCCCCGUAGCGCGGUCUUGCAGCGAAUGGCUCAUAUUGCUGUUGACGUCCAGAAUCGAGCGCCGCCGAAUGCCCAACAUCCGGUUCCUACGUCAACAUUCGCAGAAGCUCUCGAUAGCGUCCGUCUCGCUGAGACAUUUCUGGGAAUAGCCGAGUCGUUGAGGAAGCCAAGGGGUUCGUUGUUCCGUGGAUAG